UCACAUUUCAAUAACUGAAGGUGCUUACCUUGAUUCGGAUGCAUAAACUUGUGGCAUGGUUGGAUGCAGCUGUGAUACAAGGAGAAGGGCUUAUAUUUCCCGAGGUUGAGGAGCUGGUGAUCCGCAUGUGUGGAAAAUUGAUAGCAUUACCAAAAGCAGCAUCAGUGACUACGGAAUCGUCUGGCGGAGUUGACACUAAGUGCCGCUCCGCAUUUCCAGCAUUGAGAAACAUGACGUUAAUUGAUUUGAAUAUGUUUAACAGAUGGGAGGCAGUCGAAGGAACUCUAGGAGAAGGGGUAACAUUUCCUCGGCUCAAGGAAUUGUACAUCUCUAAUUGUGCAAGUCUCAGUGCACUGCCAAAAGGGUCAUUAUUGGUUAAACAAUCAUUUGGCGGAGCUGAAAUUGUGUGCCGCCGCUCUGCAUUUCCAGCACUGAGGAAACUACGCUUAUCUGGUUUGUCGGCCCUUGAGAGGUGGGGGGCAGUCGAAGAAACUCCGGGGGAAGAGGUAACAUUUCCUCUGCUGGAGGACUUGGAAAUUGUUGAGUGCCCGAAGUUGACUGAUCUACCUGAAGCAUCGAAGCCAAAUGUAUUAGCCAUCAGUGGAAGUGGUCAACAAAUAUCCCUGCAGGCAGCUAGCAAAUACAUUCCUUCACUGUCCAGUCUGAGACUGGACGUGUCACCCAAUGACACGGAAACAACAUUGCUGCAUGCCAAGCAGAAAUGGAAUCAUGAACGAACCCUGGCAAGGAUGAGCUUAUCUAGGUGCAACCUUUUGUUCUCAUCCCACUUGAAUGCACUAGCGUUGUGGACAUGUUUUGCACAUCUAGUAGAUUUGUCAAUUUUGGAAUGUGAUGCUCUUGCUACUGGCCAGAAAACGUGUUCCAGGUCCUAGUAUCCUUGAGGAUGUUAUCAAUUUGCAGAUGCAGCAAACUGACAGGACGGACACAAGCUUCUGGCGAGCAAUCUGCUCAAGCACGAGGUGGGCUCCGGCCACGUCUGGAGUUGCUUUGAAUAUAUAAUUGCGCAUCUUUGGUAGAGGUCCCCAACCUGCCGGCAUCUGUCAAGGAAUUAAGUAUUGAGGAGUGCGAUAAUAUCAAGUCCAUCAUAUUCAGUCUGCAGGAGGAUACGAGGUUGGUGAGUGGAGAAGGUGUUGCACAGCAGGACACGUCAUCAUUAAUUCCAGGGUCCAGCAGUAGUGAGGCCACGGCAUCUACAGCUGUACUGAACCUGUCAUCAGCAGCCAACCAUUGCUUCCUUCCAUGCCUAGAAUCUCUAGAAAUACGGUCGUGUGAUGGUUUGUCAGAGUUUGCCAAUCUUCCUCCGUCUAUCAAGACCUUGGACAUUAAGAACUGCGGCAAUCUUCAAUCCCUGUCAGGACAGCUAGGUGCCGUCCAAAAAAUUAGUAUUAGCUCAUGCAGUCGGUUGGAAUCACUGGAAUCUUGCUUAGGAGAGCUCCGGUCGCUGGAAGAGCUCGACCUUUUUCGUUGCCAAAGCCUGGUAUCCUUACCGGAUGGGCCUCAAGCAUACUCAUCUCUUAGACAUCUUUUUAUUCGACGUUGUGAUGGUAUAAAGUUUCUCCCGCGGAGCCUACAGAGCCGUUUGGAUGGCCUCGAGUUGAAAAUUCUAGAUGCUGGUUACAAAGGUAAUCUCCAGUUUCCUUGUUUCUUUUUUUUAACAAAAUGAUCAGGAGCUCAAUUGGUUUUGCCUAAACAGAACUCUCCAGUUAAACAUUCUGUUUGUUAUUGCAAGAUGUGAUGAUAUGGUUUAGUGAUAAAUUUUUUUAGGAGAGUCGUGUUUAGAACCUCUAGAUAUCCAUUGGUGAUACGUACAUUAUCUGCACCACUAAACCUAUAUUUAUAUGGACUUGUGUCACCUAAAUCCGUUAAUUAACUUUUGGAUAUUGCACAUUCAUUCAGCAUAUCUAAACACGUAAGUUUAGGCACCACUCCUGCACUUUACUAUAGUCAUCCUUAUAUGUCUCUUUUUCUCGUUGUCCCUACAAAGGAAUUUAAAUAUAAGAUGAUUUUGCGGUUUAAAUUUUUUUACCAUUGUUGUAAUUGCUAAUUCGGAUAUUGUAAAAUCAAUCAUCUUCCUCUAGUCAUACAUUAAAUUAAGCAUGCCAUCACAGAAUUAAUGCAGCCAAAUGGUAUUAGUUUUUAUCCAAGUGCCUUGGUGAAUUAACAUUUUCCACGGUCCUUUGAACUGAUACUAUAUUAUAGUGCUACAGUACUUUGUGAUUAAUUUCCCUUUUAGCGUCUGAUUUGAUCAGCUUACGUUCAGAGAACCAAUUAAAGUGGCAUUUGUCCUAACGUUACUCUGCAAAUUCACUCUUCUGUGCAUAUAGUUUGAGUAUGUGUAGUUUUCUUUACUUGCCUUUUCCAUUUUUACAUAAACAAUAAUUUCCUUUAUAACUUUUAGGGCUAUUAGAUACUCUCUCCGUCCUAAAUUAUGCAUCUAGACAUAUAUUAUGUCGACAUGCAUAAUAAAAUUUAUACACCAAUGACUAAUAAUUUGAGAGAGAAGGAGUAUCAUAUUUGUAUUCUCCUAUAUGUAUACUUUCGGAUUUUGUGUUCAUUUGCAUGUAUAAUAAAUUAUAAUAUCAUCUAUGAUCAUGGUUUGAUCUACCAGAACCAAAGACCUGGAAAUGUGCAAUGAGGAGCCUGGUGUGCUUGAAAUAGCAGAUUGAGGACCUGAUGAAAGUUCUGACCAAAGAUCGUAUUACCAGACCUGCAAAUGAUGGAUUAUAUGUUGUAACCAUGGUAGAAUGUCUAUAACAUGCACUUUCUGAAGAUAAUCUCCAGUGAACUCAAGCGAAGUCCAAGAUUUUAAGAAGAAAACAAAUCCCAGAUCGAAAGCUGAAGAAUCUAGCAUAUAGAGCUCCAUGCUCUAGUCCUAUAUUUAUCCUUCUUCAAGCCGAUGUUCUUGAAUUUGAGCAGAAGACAAGUCCCAGACUGCAAGCUGAAGAACUUGUAGCAUUUGGAGCUCCAUGCUCCAGCUUUUUAUCCUUUUUUUUUCUUUUGAACUAUGAUGUGUUUGAGUUUGUUCUGCUCCAGCACCAGCGAAACAGAGCUUAGCGCUUGAUGUGUUUUUCUACAUGACAGCAGAGGAUACUUACCAUAGAAUUUAUCUACA